AUGCUAUCCCCAUUACAGGUGUGUUCUCGCUGUGUUAGAUGCAAGAGUUGUGGUGCUACCACUCCAGGCUCAGACCCUAAGGCUCAGUGGAUGCAUGGUUUCUCACACUGUCAAGAAUGUGGAAAGCUCUUUGAGAAAGGUAACUACUGCCCAGUCUGUAAGAAGUGCUAUGAAGACGAUGACUUUGAGUCUAAGAUGGUGCAAUGUGCAGACUGUAAUAGAUGGGUCCAUGCUAAGUGUGAGAACCUCUCAGACGACCAGUACCGCAUCCUGACAGAGUUGCCCGACUCGGUCCCUUACCGGUGCCCACCCUGCGCCAAAAACAAACCAACACCAUGGAAGGGAGAGGUAGAUGAAGAGCUCCAGGCUGGCUUCAUGAAUGUCCUCAAUGCUCUCUACUCCUGCAAGAAUGCCGGUCAUCUCAUCUGGCCAAACAGGAGGUUCAAGUACAUGAGGAAAGUCCAUAAUGGCGAUUCCAGCCGGUCAUCCAACGGUCCUGAGUCUAGAGAGAGUUCAUCAUCUCCAGCUCUAAGCGAGGCCUCCUCUCUGGAGAGAGAAACACCAACACCAGACAGGGGCUUGGAGGCGGGCGGAGACGGACAGGAUGACGUUGAGGAGACGUACUCCUUCAGGAGAGGAAGGACAGUGAGGAGAGUUCUGAGAAGAAGACGGCAGCAGAGGAACGCCGGUAAUGCUGAUGGAGCAGGGAAAGGAGACGAGGAUGGUGGCAUGAGGAGCAAAGAUUCCGGAAGGGAGGAUGUAGAUGUUGAGGAGGUUGGUAGAACGUUAAUAGACGGAGAUGGAUCAAGGAGUGACAAUGCUGAAAGUGAUGUUGUCAUGGUGGAUGGAGAUGAUGAUGCAAGAUCCUCUGGAUUAAUUCAUCCUGUCUUUGACAGAGAUGCAGAGAGAACAGAUGGUGAUGUUCAAAAGACAUCAUCAACAGAACCAUUUGUUGCAGAUGCUGAUAAAACUGAAUUAAAUGUAUCUGAUGAUGAUAGAGUAAUUGCAGUUGAUGAUGAGGAAGAUGAUGCAUUGAGGACUAAGAAAGAGGAACAAAAACCAGAGGAUGGACCCAUUUCUUUCAGUACUACAGCCAAAGGGGACGUUGCGUCCUCCGUAGAAUCAAUACCAAUAGACACAUCUCAAGAGAACAUCUCCUCUGAAAGUCAUGUGCCAAAGGAUGAUAACAAUGCAGAAAGGACUUCACAUCGUGUUUCUAUGUCUUCCGAGGAUAUUGCUAUGACAAGUGCAGAUGACUUGGAACCUCCUGUUGUGGAAUCAUCUCCUGCCCCUGUUGUAGAAGACCAGAAGCAUGAAUCGCAAAUGGUAGUCGAAAGCAAAGACAGAACUGAAGUGGUUUCUAGUGAAUCUAAAUGUACAGACAACUCCAGUUUGGCUGACUCUCAAGGCGUUGAUCACCAAGAUGGUUCAGGAGGAUCUCUUGGUGACUCGAAGAUGGACACCUCAAAUCUUGCUAGUGAUGGUGAGACUUCAGCUGCCGAAGAAGUAGACAUUGACAUAAAGAGCACCGAUGUCAAAGGGAAAAAGAUGGAGGUGGACGAUGUUGAUGAUAGCGGUAGAAGAUCCUCCGUUGAGGAAAGAACUAGUAGGGAUACCAAUACACCUCUCCCAGAGGAUGCCUCUGGAAGCCUUGUGGAUACUGCAACGGUUGCUCCUGAUGAUGCGGCGUCUCCAAAGCUUGAGAAGGAAGAAGCAGAGACUGUCUCUGAGUCAGAGACCAAGGUCAGCAUCGUUUCUCCUGAAGCUGUUCCAGACGUGGACCCUAACAUUCCAGAUGCAGUCUUGGAGGUUACGACAUCAACGCAGCCUGAGCAGGAUGCUUCUAAGACACCCGCCAAGGUAGUCACCAUUGAGAUAGGCAAGAAGGAAGAAGAGGAGAAGAAGGAGGAGGAAAUCAAGCCAACAAGUUUCCAGUUUGUUAAAGCCAAGAUGAUGGCAGGCUACUACAAGUCAGUGGAGAAAUUCACUAAGGAUUGUGUGACCAUCUUCCAAGCCUCUUUCAAUCAAGAAACGAGCCUGAUUCCUGGACUCUCCAAGUCCAACGUGAUAGCCAAGGGUGCAUUCUUCAAGAUCAUGAUCCAAAUGUUCCCGUGGUUCAACAUUGAAGACACGCGGCUCUGGAACGGCGAGGAGAGGUUUGAGGAGAAUGGUGUGCUACAGGUAGCAGUCGAGCCUCCUCACAAGGAUCAUGAAUACGCUCAAUGGAGAUACAGAGCCUUGAUGCCUGCAAUCACUGCUCAACCUUCACCUUUCAAGAAGCUACCGACUCCUAGGAGAAGACAUUCCAUAAUUGGUGGUAACCGGUGUUCUGAGGAUGACUCUCAUCUUACAGCUUUGGAUGAUGUCUCUGACCCUAGACGAUGCUGCCUCUGUGGGGUGAUGGGGGAUGAUGAUCCAAACAAUGCAGGACGUCUGCUCUACUGUGGACAGGAUGAAUGGAUCCACAUAAACUGUGCCUUAUGGUCAGCUGAGGUGUUUGAAGAGGUCGAUGGUUCUCUGAUCAAUGUCCAUGCAGCCAUCUCGAGAGGGAGAAUGAUGAGGUGUGAAGUGUGUAAUAACUUGGGUGCGACCGUUGGUUGCUGCAGCAGGGGCUGUCCAGCUAACUUCCACUUCAUGUGCGCCCGCUCCAGGAACGCCAUGUUCCAAGAAGACAAGAAGGUCUACUGCUUCCAGCAUACAGACAAGGUCGACAAAGCUAUCAUGGGUUCUGACCUGUUCGGUGUCCUUCGGCGCGUGUGUGUCAGUCUGGACAACAUGAAACCAAACAGGACAUUCUCCCAGGGCCUGGAAGCUAAGAACAUCAAUGUGAUGAUUGGUUCCUGGUCUCUAGAGUCUCUAGGCCACUUAGGGUUCCUCUCGGACACUGAGAAUGGAAUCUUCCCUUUGGAUUUCGCAUGUUCACGGGUGUACUGGAGUACCGUGGAUCCUUGCAGGCGUUGCAUCUACACCAUGCGCAUCAUAGAGGUCAAUCCUUUGACCUCACCUACGCUCCCUCAGGAAAUCAACCACACCACCGAGCACAGCCCAGGCAGCUAUCCUUUCAGCAGGAAACCGACCGUCCAGGAUGAUGACGAUACCGAUAUCCUCGCAGAUGCUCUCAUGGAGGCUACCAAGGAGAGUAACGAGGCUGCGAUGGCUCUCGAUCAGGUAGCGGCCCUCCUGGCAGGGUCGCAGACAGUCAGCGAGAUCCAGAAUGCUGCGGAUAUCCUGGCUGCGACGUCAUCACUGUUUGAGAUGGAUGAUGGUGUCCUGGACUCCUUGAACCUUGAUGCUAAUCUGAAUCCUUGUCUGGAUGGUGACGGUAUUAUGGACAUGAUGGCUGAUCUGGACAACCUUGAUGGCCUGAACUCUGAUGCUGCUCUUGGCGAUUUCUCUGAGAGUGGCGAGAAGUUCUUACAAUCUGAUAAACCUGUCUCUCUGCCUUCAGCCAAUCCUACAAAUUUGGACACGGAUGAUAUUGUUUCAGCUGUGUCAAAAGAAGUGCAGGAAGAAACCAGUACUCCUCAGACAGAUUCUGCAGUAACUUUGUUUAUGGAUGAUAGUGUCAAGGAAAUGGAAGAAAAACCAGAUAGUCCUGCUGGUAUGAUGGAAACAGAGGAAAAACAUGCAAAAGUUGCGGUCAAUGAUGAAGCAGAAAUUGAAACAGACAUUGCUGAAUGUUCAUCCAACAUCAGACCAGAUUCCCCCUUGACAAGCCCUAAAAAGGGGCCAUAUGUGAAGUUGGUGGACAUCAAAGACAAGCAGUUGGCCUCUGUAGUGACAUCAGAUUCAGCAGAAGCUUCUGACGUGGCAGAUGCAUCCGACACCUCCAUGCCUCUUCAUGAUGACCCUGAAGUAACACAACCAGAUUCUCCCUUGAUUAGCCCAAAGAAGGUGCCCAUGUUGAAAUUGGUGAAGCUGGCCUUGGACCAACAUGAAAAGUCUUAUCCAGAGUCUGAGGAUGACUCCUCUGAGGCAGCCUCAGACACACAUAGGAACACAACACCACAUUCUGGCUGUAGAGAGUUUUUGGACAAUCCUCAGACUUCUUGUAUGCUUUCAACAAAUGUAUCUCCUUUGCCCAAUCAGCCAGAUAUUGAGUCUGCAAUGAGCCAGCCUUUAUCACUCCCCUCAGUCUCUAUCAGUCCAAGUGAGAAAGAGUCUUCUCCAAGGUUGCCAUCAAAGGAUAAAAGUUCUGAGGUCACGGCUACAUGUGAGGCAGACGAUGAUUCAGAGCUCUCCGCCAGAUCCAGAGAAGAAAAGGGUACUGAUCUUGCCAGCCGUGAUUUUGAAGUCACCAAGGGUCUUACAGCUGAAAUCAAAGAAGCUGAAACUGUGGGAGCUGAUGGACCUAUAGAACAAAUAGAGCAGAAUUCCAGCACUGAACGACUUAGGAUGGAAACUGAUUCCACUCCAAUCAUUGUACCUGUGUCACCAAAUGAAAAACCUUGCAAAGUGACACCCUCGAAAAUGUCUGUUGGUGCCAAUGCAGAAACAAGAGAAGUCACCCCUUCAAAUGAACAAAUUACAUUAGAACCUGAGAUUCAGAAUGACCUUUGUCUAAAUAAUGAGGCUGUAGAGCUCAUAGAAGGAAAAUCUAGUGAUACUGCAGCCCCAGGAUACCCUGAGGAACAAGAGCAUUUGGGAAUGGAAAUUGCACCUCAAGGGCAAAUUAAAUCAGAUGAGGAAGUGGGUAAUGUUGUAACCAGUUUUGAGGUGGACAUAGUCGCACCUCCAGAAGGUAAAACAAGAGAAGAUGACACUCUUGUAAUUUCUGACUGCUCAGCAGCAACUACUCUAGCAGAACCUGAAGAACCAAGGGAUGGUGGCACAGGUUGCCUAGAUGGAGCUGAAGACCAAGCAGAUGGACAUGGGUUACAGGUUGAUUUUCCUUCUGAAUCUCAUGAUGCUAUAGUCGGGACUGAAGAGACAAGUAUGAUGAAAAUACCUACAGGAGAUGCUGCACAAUCAGUAUCGAUGGCUUCCUACCAAAAUACAAAGACAGCAGAGUCAUUUGAAGAACCAAAUGUGCAACAGUUCAAGCCACAGUUUCCACUUCAUGAAAGCCAAUGCCCACCUAUAGAUGAACAGCAUCAGGUUCAGAGUCCUAUCAGAGGAGAAGAUGACGAUAACAGCAAUGAGGAAGCAAACGUGGGAAAAGUGUCAGAGGAAGAACAGCAGCGAUGCAUAGUAAUACACAGUGUAGAUGAUUCACCAACCUCUUCUCCAGGAGAACUUGGCACUUCUGAUUCAUUAAGCGGCACCCUCAGUAAUCGGGCAGAAAACCUUACUCAUAGUCCAAAUGAAAGUACUGCUGUACAAGAUUUACCAACUCAAUCUCCUGUAGAUCUUGAUAUUGAUGUGAUGGCAGUGUCUACUGACUCUUUGAGCAGCACGGAUGUUCCCAAGCAAUUCAAGAGUCUCGGGUCACAAGAUGCAUCUCAGCCAAGUUCACCAGAUAUUCCUGGCUCAGACCAAGAAGAAAAUACAACCAAAGAAUCUUUAACAGACAGUACUAGCAAUGUUGUGACAGUUCUCGAUGAUGAAAGUUUGUCAAAUCCUGAUGAUAUCUGUCAUGAAAUACAAGAUGUGAGCAGUGAUGAUGAGGUAGAAACUGUACAAUUAUUAGGAAAACGUGACCCAGAUGUCGUUGCAAUUCUAGACACCAAGGAUGAUAAAUCUGCUUUACCACUAGACGUACCAGCUGAUACUCCCCAAGACUCUCCAGAAGACAUGGAAAAAGAGCCCCAGAUAGACAAGAGUGCUACUGAUGUUACCAUCCUAUCAACAGUUGAAAACGACUCAAAUAUAAUAGAAAUCAGUGAGCCAUGUAGUGAGACAGCUUCAGUUGGCAGUCUUAAAAGUUGUCUUACAUCAACUGUAAGUGAAGAAAAUCAUUUGCCUGAGGCACCUGCAGAACAGAAUAAUGAAGUUCCGGGGAAAAGGCCAUCUAUCAACAAAGAAAGCACUAAUGAGCCUAUCGCUACUGGUUGUGCAGCAGAACGUUCAUUUGAUGGUGACAUUAGCACAGCGGCUCCUGAUCAUGUUGAGCAUGGUGCAAGAUACUUAGAAGACAGUACUCCAGACAAGACAGGAGGACCACACGAUGCAGGUGAUUGGUCAGUAACUCCAGUUGAUGCUCAAUUAGAAUCAUCUGCGCCAUUUCCUGAAACCAAAGAAAUCAACAUUGUGAAUGAAGAGCGAAGCGUACUUGAAAAGCAAGAGCAAACAAGGAACUAUGAUGUUGAAGACAAAGUUGAAGCCGAAGAAGUCAGUCCAGAAUUUGAGAGAUUAACAGAAGAACUAAGAGUGCAAGGAGUUGGGGAGGAAGAUAUCCUGAGCAUCGUUGUGUCCCAAAAACAUCAAUCUCCUCAGGAAGUUUCAGAAAAUGCCAAUCCAGUGAUAUUUGCCAAGGAUGCCCCUCCAAGACGCCUCAGCUCAGACCCAGAGCACGAGUCAAUCUUCAAGGCACUUGCUACAUCACUAUCAAGUUCAGUGACAAGGAAAAACAACAAUAAUCGGGAGAGUCUUCGAAGACAGGAAAGAGAACCCAUUUUGUCUGCAUUUGCUUCUGAUCUUAAUUCAAGACAUCACAAGCAUACACUAGAAGAUGAAGAAGAGCCAGAGAAAGUUGAAAAGAUUGGGUCUCCUACCACAUCUAGAAACAUAUUUAAGAAACUUGACAACCCAAAAUUUGCCAAUGCUUUCAAGGCAUUCAUGGAAACAAAACAGGACUCCGCCAGAAAUGUAGUGGAUGAAUUGAUAGAUGGAGACUUAGUGAGGGAAGAGAAGAACGCUGGAGACAUAAAGAGGAGGAAAAGCAGCAGGCUUUCAAGUGCUGAUUCGACUUCUGCAGACAAAUUUCACAGUGUGUUACAGAAUGGAGAUGACUCGCAUAUAGCAAGUUCCUUCACGAACUCUGACCAGACCAAACGGAAAACACGUCACAGUUCAUCAGAUGUCCUGGAGAGUGAUGAUUCAUCUUCAAAACUAGAUGUCUUGGAUGUUGGUCACAGAGGAAGGAAGAAGUACCCCAUGCGAACUACUUCAUCUAGAUUGCUGAGGAUUGCUGACAGUGGGGAUCCGGACAACCAGGUGUUUUCAGGAGAAGAGGAUGUGGAGAGAAGUGAUGCUUGCCAUGAUCAACAAACACCGGAGGGACAAGAAGAUGAUAUAACUUCAUUGACAAGGAAGUCUAGUGAUACUUCCCAUGAUGGUAGAAGAAGACUUUCCUCUGAUGACAGUCUCAAAAGUCCAAGAUCAUUCUCACGAAAAAAGUCCCAUCAUGCCAGUCAGCACGAUGAGUUUGACGGUGACCAGGAGGAGAAGGAAAAUGAGGCUGUCAAAGGGAGAAGAGGUCGACCAAGAAAAUCCUUAGAUAUCAUAUGGAGUCCAGAAAAGGAAUGUGGAACACUGAAUCAUAUUGAGGCUGAAGAGCUUGAAGGGAGACCAAUGAGAACCAGAGGCCUGUCCAGGAAGUCAAGUUCAAGAAUGAAGGAAAUCAUAGCGGCAGAGCUUGAGGAUGAGGACGAUGGAGAUACAGAGGAAAUUGUACAAAAGAAGGGAAGAGGAAGAGGAAGAGGAAGGCCCAGAAAGUAUCCUGUAGCAGACCAAAUCCAGGUUGGUCAUAUCAGUGCAAGGGAAGGUGAAAAGCCAAGGGGUAGAGGGAGACCAAGGAAGUAUCCAUCUGUCAAUGAAGUUUCUAGGGACCAAAUUGAAGCCAGGAAACGGGGUAGAGAUAGCGCUUGUGCUGAUUUUGAAGUCCUUGAAAAGGGACAACAGGAAGAAGAGGGCAUGCCUAAAAGGAAACGAGGUCGACCAAGGCUCUCGGAUAAGCAACCAGAAAAGGAUCAAUUUGUUGACAGUGAGAAUGAAAAUGCUGGUGAUGAUAGCAAGAAGAGAAUGAGAGGUGAAUUAACGAGCACUUCUGAUGAGGAGCAUCAUGGCCCUGAGCAGGAUCAACCAAGACUGCGGACAAGAAGCUCAGCAAAAAGAUUAAAACCUGGAGAGGAGCCAGUAGAGGAUGGAGAGGAAACGUUGGACAGUAAACCAAGUGUUAGCUCCCGAAGUGAAGAGAGACAAGUCCAUCCACGGAAACAGUCUGUCGUUGCACGUAGUUUCCCAGGAGAAGAUGCUCAGUCAGGAACACAGAGUCCUUCUAAGAAGGGACUGUUGGCAGACAGCAGAGACUCAUCCAAGCAAACCAAUAUGUUGCCAAACAAUGAUGUAGUAAUGCAUGGUGAGGCUGCAAUAACUCCAAAGCUGAAUCAGAUGAAGCAAGUACAGGAAACGCCAGACACCUCCAGUGAGACCCCAAUGGCAGAGUCAUCCUCUUCGGAGAAACAGGUGAGAGUCACUGUGAAGAUAGAUCCAGUGACUGGUGCCAUUUCUGAAGCCUUUACCUACACAGAUGAUGAGUCAAUGGAAGUUGACAUGGGAUUGAAUGAUGAUCCACCACCACCACAGGCUCUUUCUGUUGAAGCUAACCCAACACAGCCUGCAUUGCCUUCCCAGACGCCAUGGAAUAUUUUGGGCAAAUCCACACAAGGGGCAUCUGACCUGAAUAGCAGUAACCAGCUAAAGGGUCGUAACAUCUACCACGUGCAGUCCAACAUUGGAAGCAAGAAGGUGAUCAUUGGCAAAGAUGUCACUACAAAUCAAGUCAUUUAUUCCAACGGGCCGACAAGUGUUAGGAAUCCUACUGGGGGACCAAGGAUUCGGGGGCCUAGUAUGAUCCGGUAUCCAGGAUUGCUCCCUAAUAAUACCAGGCAAGCAAGGACCAGAGGACCUUUCUCCAGAAAUAGUUCAGUUGUAUGGCAGGGAAAUACCGCCGCCUUGAAACCUGGUGUCAAUGCCAAGAUUCUUAAAACUCCAGUUGCUACACAACAAGCUAUUACUAGUAUACAAGGCACAAUCCCUCAGAAGAUGCAAGUUGGUGUAUCAAGUGUAGCUGCACAGUCUAUUGCUCUGACAGGACAACCAAUAUCCAACCUACUCCCAAACACCGUUCCUGGCAUACUUUCAUCUCAGGGAAUGUCUUCCGCCAUGAACCUUCCACAGGGUUUCCAAUCCUUGCCCCAGGCUGCUCUAGUAGCUACUUCCAUUGUCACUACUGUCGGUUCUCCUGAUGUUCUGUCCGUCGUCACCACCACGGCCAAUACCAAUACUUUGACGAGCUCCGCUCAAGAACAGUAUCUAUCUAUCCUUCAGAGGUCAUACCAGGUGUCUCAAAUCCAGCAGGUCAACGCUUUAGCAGGAAUCAUGCCGCAGACUUACCCUCAGCCCGGUCUUCUCCAAAACUUUGGCGUUCCGCAGAUAGGUGUUGCCAGUCCAGAGGUCGCACCGUUCAUCAAUCAGACGUAUCCUACCCUCAUGGCAUCGUCAACCCUCCAAACCCUGCAGACCCUCAUUCAGCAGGCUGGAGUCCAAUCAUCCAUGGGGCAGGUGACACCAGGUGUACAGCCACUCACACCAAGCCCUACACCUGUAAUUCCAGUAAACCCCCUCUUACCAACCACCCCAAUGGACACCUCCCUCUCUGGCUUUAUAUCUUCACUUUCCCCACCUUUUCAGCAACAGCCUGGCAUUGUUCCGCUCACUAGUUACACUGAUGCAAUGUCUCCGUUCCACAGAGAACACAUGUACGCAAGGCAGAAGUCUGGUGGAUCUAACAAGAGGCGCAAGUCCCCUCACCAAGUCAAGGUCUGGUUUGACUCCUACGGCAGUUUGAAGAACGAAGAUGAUGAGAACCAGGAGGAGACUUCCAACGAGGUCCCUAGUCCUUCUCCCGUCAAGACACCGGUAGUCAGAAUGAAGAAUCCGUCCAACGUGCCGAGAGCUCGUGUCAAGAACCCUACCUUUGGCAUGGAGGAGACCCGAAGCAACAAGUCUUUGAUCAAAGUGAGCAAGAAGAAAGUCAAAGGUUCUGAUGGUUCAUCUAGUUGGAAUUCCAAUGCCAGUUUUGAUCCAUUCGCUGGCCUGUCAACAGACGAUGCAUUCUUUGCUGCCAUGCCAAACCUGGGUCAGUCUGAUCACCAUGACGACAGUCCCUCCCUGCUGCUCACCCUGAUGGAGCAGGAGAAGAAGCGUGGCCCAAGCACCACGCCCCGUAGGCCGUCCAACCGACCCCAUCUCAUGUUUGAGAUCAGGAGUGAUGAUGGGUUUGAGACGAGGGCAGAGACGGUUGAGGAGGCGUGGGGGCGGGUCGUAGAGAGGGCUGGGGAGCUCCGCACCAACACCAGGAGAAAGCAUUUGUCUUUCGAUGGUGUGAAGGGGCUGAAGAUGCUUGGUAUCAAUCAUGAGGCAAUCAUCUUCCUCAUGGAGCAGCUCUACGGAGCAGGCAACUGCCAAAAAUACAAGUUCAAGUUCCACAAGCAUGAGGAGACGGCUGAAGAUGAUGAACCUCCGGUUAACCCACAUGGAUGCGCCAGGGCAGAGGUCUCCAAGCGAACUUCGACCUUUGACAUCUUCAACUUCCUGGCUUCCCAUCAUCGUAACCGACCAAUCUUCAAUGAGUUUGAACAGCAAGAUGAGACGUCUGAUAUACAACAUAAAUCAUCAAGGAGAGCAACAAGUCUUCAAGAUCUGCCUAUGGCUAUGAGGUUCAGACAUCUCAAACAAACAGCUAAGGAAGCUGUCGGUGUAUACAGAUCUGGUAUCCAUGGGCGUGGUCUGUUUUGCCGCCGCCUCAUCGAGGCCGGUGAGAUGGUGAUUGAGUACAGCGGGAUCGUCAUCAGAUCUAUUCUCACGGACAAGAGGGAGAAAUAUUAUGAGAGCAAGGGUAUUGGAUGCUACAUGUUCCGUAUUGAUGAUUUUGAUGUUGUUGAUGCCACCACCAGCGGCAAUGCUGCUCGCUUCAUCAACCAUUCAUGUGACUCUAACUGCUUCUCCCGUGUGAUUGAGGUCGGAGGCCAGAAACACAUCAUCAUCUUUGCCAGCCGACGCAUCGCGAAGGGAGAGGAGCUCACCUACGACUACAAAUUCCCCAUUGAGGAUGUUAAGAUCCCUUGCAACUGUGGGUCCAGGAAGUGCCGCAAGUACCUCAACUAGGGGAACCAACCCUGUUUGAGAAGCCAAGUGAAGCAGAGUUGUCUCUUUCAGAAAUCGAGCUCUGCUACAGCGAAGGGAGAGGAGCUCACCUAUGACAACGAAUUCCCUGUCGAGAAUGUCAAGAUCCCUUGCAACUGUGGGUCCAGGAAAUGCUGCAAGUAUCUCUACUAGAGGAACCAACCCUGUUGGAGAAGCCACGUGAAGCCAAGUUGUCUCUUUCCGCUACAGCUGUGGCUAUGGACAAUACCGCCAAGGACCUCAACUAGCAGGACUUUCAAUUGGGCAGAACAAGUCCUUCAGAGAGAUCCCCUGCAACUUUGGCUCCAGGAAGUUCCCAAGUUCCUGAAGUAGGCCGCCUUCAACUGUGGGAAGCCUCAGAGUGGUCCAGGUCCCCUGCACCGAUGGCUCCAGGAAGUUCCUGAAGUAGGCCGACUUCAACUGUGGGAAGCCUUGGAGUGGUCCCGGUCCCCUGCAGCUGUGGCUACAGAAACUGCCACAGAUUUCUCCUUUAGGCUACCUACAGCCAUUCCUACAUCAACAGAGAUGGCGAUGAACUUGAUGAGGAAGUUAUGUAAUUUUACUGCAGUGAAUAACUAAUUUUGACCUAUAUUGGACGUAACUUCCGACAUGAACCAACUUGAAAUUGUUUUGAUGGAGACGAAAGAAGAAAGAAGGUUUUGACUAGAUUCAUAUGAGCUUCAUCACGUGGCAACAGUUCUUGCAACUCGUAGUCAAGGAGAAAGAAAGCUCCUUUGAAGUCCAAAGUGUUGGAGCCAAGCCCUACAUACUGCAUAUCUGAUUGACAAUCUUGCCUGAUUCUGAUAAUCGUACCUGAUAUUGACAAGAUCGCAACUUGAGUGUACUAAUUCUCCUGGAAUUGACACCCGAACUCAUACUAUGAAUUGCUCUCCAAAGCUUUGGCUUGAGUUAAGUCACGUUUCCAAGGAGAACAUCAUACAUGCCAAACUUAGUCUACUUUCAUUAAAUAUUACACCAGACGGCUUACAUCUAUUUUGUUUUGAAGAUGAAUGCAUUAGGAACCCAUGAUGUAUCAGGUCACCACCUCCCCUCGGCAAACUUGUAUAUCUUGCGACCUUUGACCUGAAGGUCACUCAGAAGACACAAACUCUCAGGACGACGUUAAAAUGAAAUGUACAGUGCUCAUAGAUAUUAUUGUUCACUUAUUGAUUUUUUUUUAGCAAUAAAGAUGUGAUGUUUUUGAAAAGCAUUUCUAGCAGAGUUCUACAAGAGUUUAUGGAAGUACUAUGUGCUAGAUGUUUAUACCUCAGUGCUUGUGUUGUUGUUGUUGUCUAUGCAGCUUGUUAAUCAUUUAGUGCAGUGUUUGUAUAGUUUAUGUGUAGAUGUUUGAAAUUGAAACAUGAUUAUUUAUUUGCUGUUAAGUUGUUUGCAAUUGUAACCCUCAAACAGAAAACUCUUAGAAGCAUACCGGUAAUUAAAGCAGCACAGGUUUCACGUUACAUUACACGUUACUUUACAGGUUACAAAACAGGUUUUACGUUACAAGACAUUACAUACAGUUUUACUAGACAUGAUUUUAUGCUCCACACAUCUUUAUGUUCCCUAUUAGAUUUGGUUAGAUCAGAAUGGGAGAUUUUAUCGUACACAAUGGACUGAUAAAUGAUAUCUUUAGCAAAGGAAUAGUCACCUACCUGCGUUCUUACUUGUGAUAUCACUUGUACACUUCUUACAGUACAUGCGUCAUCUUUUGCAUGAGGCAAGAUUAAUUUUUGAAAGUCAUUUUUGCUGAAAAAAAACGAGGUGUUAUAAUGUUCCAAUUUAUUUCACAUUAAUUCUGAUGGUAUUUUUUAGCACUCCGCCUUACUAUUGUCGUAUUUUUUUUUGUCAUUCUUUAUUUAACAAAAAAAAUUGUUCUCACACUGAAUGGAUAUUGUUUAGAGAACUUGGUUGAAGUGAUUUGUGUUUGUUUGGUCAUUCUGAAGCAUAGUGAAAGGGUCAAAUUACCUUUCUGAAAAGUUAUUUGAUUGCUGUAGUUAGAUAAGAAAUAAAAUUUAGAUUGAUUGUGUUACAAGAAAUAUAUUUCAACUCCCUGUAUAUUUAUUUUUGGCUAAGGGAAACUCAGAGUGAAAAGGUAAAGGUAACUCAUGAAUUUGAUUUUUUUUAAAUUGUUAUUAUAAUACCUGUACAUAUUCCUGGGUGUCUUUGCUUAUAUUUGAAAAGUGUUUCAUUUUCAAAACAUUCCUACCAGACUAGGAUUCAGUAUUAGUCUGUUGCUGCAGUAGAGGCAUUUUUGUUUGUCUGCGUAAUUGUUUCCUUAUUUAAAUCAUUUUCUGAAUUUGGGCCCGCCUGAUAUGUGUAUUAAGGCGGUCACUACCUUUUUACAUCGCCUAAACGUUUUGUGUGCGUGUUUAUAAAAAGAUUUCGCCAAAGUUUCAUGCCGUGAAAUAAUUUAAAUCACCGCAAACACCACACAAACUCUGACAAAUCACUCACAAAUACAUUAAGCAUCGCUGUCAUUUAUGAUUCACUAAGUUCUGGUUUUACUAGAGAGAUUAUUAUCUGAUCAUUAUUAUAGUUGUUAUUUCUACUGCUAUUAUUAUUAUUGCCCUUUGGGAAAUCGUGCAAUUCCCAAAUUAUUUAUGUUGCAGCAUUACCAAUGAUGUUUUCUAUGUAUUGGGCAUAAGAUGAUACCUUACUUUUCUCUAAUGUUAAAAACCAAAAAUCACGGAUCAUUUCAGAAUUUGGGGCACAAAGUGGCAGGGAGAAAGCAUGCACAAAUAUUUAAAUGCUGUAACUUGUACACAUAUAGCUCAGUCAAUCUGAUAUUUGAAAACCCUUAGAAUCCAGCAUCCUUGAAAUUGAUUCUUUACUUUAGCUUGUAUUCAAUCGUAGUCAUUCUAAAAAAUUGCCAAAUCUAGUUGUUUGUUUUUCGACAGACUAUUUAAAAAAAUUCAUGUCUUGUAAGUAUCUUUGAUGAAUUUUGAAAGUUGAAGUGAAUUUCAGCUUUAUUUUUGUAUUCCUAGUUUUUCUAUUUAGCGCUUCCUCAAAACCUGAUAAAAUAAUGAUAUCAUAAGUGUUCAUUUGUGAUUUAUUAUUUAUUUUUUUGAAGUGCAUUUUUGUAUCUGUUGAUAUCAUGAUAUAUCAGGAAACAAGGAGUUAUUCCCAUUGUUUGUUUCCUUGUUUGUUACAAAUGUUUACAUCAGUUGUCAAUGCAAAUAAAAGUACUUUUUUAAGUUUAGUAGAUACUAAUUUUCAUAUUACUUAUCUGCAUUGCCAAGAUGAGAAAAUAACUCAAAUUUGAUAUGUUAGUGGGUGGUAAAACCGCAGUCCUGUAAAUACCGUCUAUUUGAAUUCAUUUGGAUUUACUGUGUAUGUUCAGAAUCUCUCCACUUUUUCUUGUUGUUUUUUUUUUGUUUUGUUUUUUAACAGAUCCUUGGUGUAAAUGUUUUUUUUUCUUUUUACUUUUUGUUUGUUUGAAUUUGUACUUUUGUGUGUACUUCUUCAAAUAGGAAUAUAUAUUCAAACAAGUUAUGAUCAUAUUUAUUCAUAUUCUGAGGAAAAUUAAAAGGUUGAUAGUGUUUUUGAACAAUAAACUGUUUACUUGUGCAA